GCGGUGUGGGAGGCGCCGGGCCCGCUCGGAAGAACGGCGCCGCGCUCAAUGCCCGGGGUGAGGAGCCGGGGGGGCUCCGGGUGAGGAGGAGGCCGCGUGCGGACCGAGACCCGCCCCGGGGCGGGCCUGGACCGGGGGGGCUGCGGGGCGGGGGGCUCUUGGGGGCGCCCCUGGCCGGUAGGGCUGAGGGGGGGGGGGCGGGGGCCUCGCGGAGCGCGGCCUUUGUGCGCUGUGGGACCCCGCCCGGCCGGGGGGGUUCGGUGUUCCCGAGGCCGCGGCCGCCCGGGGGUCGUGCGCGGGGCUGUGCUGCCCGGUGUGGGCCUCGGCCGUCCCGUGCGGCCCCUCCUGGCGGUGCUUCUGCGGUCCGUGGCGCCGGGAGGUGUGUGGGGCUGCGGGCCGGGCUGAGCUGCGCGGUGUUCUGUUGGAAUUUACGUCGCACAUUUAUGGCGAUUCUGAGCGUGAGGGCAGAGUUCUGCCAGGCCCAGCACAGCGCCCUGGCCGACAAGUGAGCGCAGGGCCUUCGUGUGCCAUACCUACAUUGCCUUGAGGACUCCGGACACAGCGAGCACACUCAAAUAUAUGGGAUAUCUCCUGCACUUUGGAAGCAUAUUCCUUUUACUGACUCUAGCAAAACUAAGCGUCAAGAAAACAAAGUGGAGAGAAAACCUGCCCUUACUUUUUUGCCUCACCAGUGCCUAAAUGUAGAACAGGCUGCCUAGUCUUGCACAUAGAGUUGUGGAGUCUGAAGGAUACCACCUGCAGUAGCCGAGGCCCAAGCUGAGUUCAAGUGGAUUCUGAAGCAAACCUGCUUUUGUAGAAGCGAGAUCUUUAAGGAACAAACACGUCAACGCAAGCUCUGAUCAAUCCCAGCCAUUUAGUGGUCUUUUAAUGUUUUCUGCUGUGAAACGUUUCCAAGGUUAUUGAUUUUUUGUUUUUUAAUUUUCUUUUUUCUUUUUUUUCUUUUGUUUUUAAUUAAUUUUUUGGCCCCUCACACGUUUUGUUGCCAUUAUGAACCGUCCAGCCCCCGUGGAAAUCAGCUAUGACGGGAUGCGUUUCCUCAUCACUCACAACCCAACCAAUGCGACCCUCUGCAGGUUCAUAGAGGAGCUGAAGAAGUAUGGAGUGACAACCUUGGUGCGAGUCUGUGAUGCCACCUAUGAUAAAGCUCCUAUCGAAAAAGAAGGAAUCCAAGUUCUAGACUGGCCGUUCGAUGACGGAGCACCACCCCCCAGUCAGAUAGUUGACGACUGGCUCAACCUGUUGAAAACCAAAUUCCGUGAAGAGAGUGGAUGUUGUGUUGCUGUUCACUGUGUUGCAGGGUUGGGAAGGGCUCCUGUCCUGGUUGCACUUGCUCUCCUUGAAUGUGGAAUGAAGUACGAAGAUGCAGUUCAGUUUAUAAGGCAGAAAAGGAGGGGAGCUUUCAAUUCCAAACAGCUGCUUUACCUUGAGAAAUACCGACCUAAGAUGCGGUUACGCUUCAAAGAUGCCAACAGUCACUGCUGUGUUCAGUAGAAAAUCUCAGAUGAAGAUGGCACUGUUUUCUGGACUCUUGGCACCUGGAAAUGUGAAUCUGGAAUCAAACUGCGUCAUCAAAUUAGCGGUGGAGUUCGUGCUCCCCAACCUCUGUCCUAAUGAUGGUGAUGAUUGGAAAAAAAUAAAAUAAAAAGUUAAGAGAAACAUUUCAGUGAAGGAUUAUUUUCUCCUUAAGCUGCAGUUUGAACAUCUGCAAGGAGAAAAUCAGUUUCUGAACCCUCUGUAUUUUUAACUUUUUAAGAAAAGAAAUAAAGUAAAUUUUAUGUCUAAGGAAAA